AUGGCUCCUAGUGUCCUGGAGAAGGAAGACCACACUCGCGAUGCCGAGUUCAACAAGGCCAUGCACGGCCAGUCUGCAAAGGCUCGUGGUGGUAUGACUGCCAUGUUGCAAAAGGACAAGGCUGCACAGCAGGCUGCCGUCGACGAGUACUUCAAGCACUGGGACAACAAGACUGCCGCCGACGAGACUGAAGAGACACGAAAGCAACGACGAGACGAAUACGCAACCCUGACCAGGCACUACUACAAUCUUGCGACGGAUCUGUACGAGUAUGGCUGGGGCCAGAGUUUCCACUUCUGUCGCUAUGCCUACGGCGAGCCCUUCUACCAGGCCAUUGCCCGCCAUGAGCACUACCUCGCACACAAGAUGAACCUCCAGGAGAACAUGCGUGUGCUGGAUGUUGGCUGCGGUGUAGGAGGCCCUGCUCGUGAGAUUGUCAAGUUUACUGGUGUCAAUGUCGUUGGCCUCAACAACAACGAUUACCAGAUUGAGCGUGCGACCGCGUACGCCGAGAAGGAGGGUCUGUCACACAAGCUCAAGUUCACCAAGGGUGACUUUAUGCAAAUGUCGUUUCCCGAUAACUCGUUUGACGCCGUCUAUGCGAUUGAGGCUACCGUGCACGCACCGUCCCUCGAGGGCAUCUACAGCGAGAUUUUCCGUGUGCUGAAGCCGGGCGGUGUCUUUGGUGUCUACGAGUGGCUCAUGACGGACAAGUACGACAACGACAACCCCCACCACCGUGAGAUUCGUCUUGGAAUCGAGGUUGGUGACGGUAUCUCCAACAUGGAGAAGAUUGAGGUUGCGCUCGCUGCCAUGAAGACGGCUGGCUUCGAGAUGGAGCACAACGAAGAUUUGGCUGAUCGGGACGACCCAUACCCAUGGUACUGGCCUCUGUCUGGCCAGCUGAGCUACAUCAGCUCUCUUGGCGAUAUCCCCACCAUUCUCCGAAUGACUAAGCUCGGACGUGGUAUCAUCCACAAGUUUGUUGGCGGGCUGGAGAUGAUUGGCCUUGCCCCUCGGGGUACGCAGAAGACGGCUGACAGUCUUGCUGUGGCCGCAGACAGCCUUGUCGCUGGCGGUCGCGAGAAGCUGUUCACACCCAUGUACUUGAUGGUGGGCAGGAAACCUGCAGCCUAG